UUGACCCUUUUCCGCACCCAAAUUUUUUUCAGCCAUUUCCUCUGCAGCAGAAUGAGACCUCCUCUCGACCACCUCAGCAACAGCUCACAUUCAUAUCUCCUCAGCAACAGCUCACAUUCAUCUCUCUCUCUCUCCUACCGUCUUCUUUCCUUUUCUCCUCUCUUUCUGAUGCUUUGACGCCACCGCUCGCAGCUUUGGCCUGCUCUGUCGCCCAUCUUCUCCUCUGCCACUAAUUAAAGCAGAGGCAGGAGCGGUGGACGAAGAGCCGAAGAAGAGAACAGAAAGAAACGCAGGAGGGGGGAGGAGGAGGAGGAGGGAGGAGGAGGAGGAGGGAGGAGAGGAGCAAGAUGUUUGAUAGCUUGCUCAACUCCAAGUUCCACAACAAAUGCAAGCAAGCGAUAAAAUGCACCCGGACCCGGCUGGAUCUGCUGCGGCGGAAGAAGCAAGCGAUGGCGAAGUUCCUCAAGAAGGACGUCGCCGACCUCCUCACCAACGGCCUAGAAUCGCACGCCUUCGCACGGAUGGAAGGCCUGAUUAUUGAGAUGAACCAAGCAUCCUGCUACGAUAUGAUCGAUCAGUACUGCGAGUAUAUAGUGAAGCAGCUCAACAUGCUGCAGAAAGAGAGUGACUGCCCUCAGGAAGCUUUGGAAGCUGUGUCAACUCUAAUAUUUGCUACUGCUAGAUUUCCCGAUUUGCCUGAACUGUGUGACCUCAGACAUAUAUUCACAGAGAAAUAUGGGAGUUCCAUUGAGCCUUUAGUUAAUUCAGAGUUUGUUCAGAAGCUUCAGAAUAAGUCAUUUACUAAUGAAGAGAAGUUGCAAGUGAUGAAAAGCGUCGCUGAAGAAUUCUCAGUCCCAUUUGACAGCAAGGCAUUGGAAUGGAAGAUAACUUGUGUACCUCAAAAUAAACAUGAUCUUCCAAAGAAGGGUCCACGUAAACGGGAAGAAGUAGAAGCAUCAGCACGCAACGGACAGAAGGUUGAUAGGCAUGUGCAUGAAAGAAAAUUUAAAGCUACGCCGGAAGGCUAUGAACAGAAGCAAGAAAUGAAGAUAAAGCCCAAAGAUAUCCAUGUGAUUCCUGAUGGCAUUGGUCAGUUAGGCGAGAAAAGCAGGAAGAACUACUCAGAUAAAUCUGAUGAGAAAAGGCACACGGGUAAUUCUGUCCCUCCUUUGGACAUGAAAGAAAGGAAUGGUGAGAAGGAAAUGAGGAAAUAUGACAAAAGGCUGAUGAACACAGAGGAGUUAGACCUCGAUGGCUUAAAGAAACAGGAGGUUAGUGCAGUGAAACCUGCUGGUGGUCCCGAAUGUAGUUGGGGACAUGCUAAUUUGGGGCUUAAAACCCUGGACCUAGAAAAGCAAGGAAUUGAUUCAGCUUGCACCUUGAAUGGUAAAACAGUGAACAAGGUUCCUCCUUAUUCUAAGCCCUACAGAGAAAUGGGUGCGAAGUCUGCUGAAGAAAAUACCAAGAAUUUGUACGAUAGACCAAAGCAUGUGGGGGAGUUUGGACAGCCAAUACAAGAUAGGCAGCUUGUCCCAGAGAAGGCAGUUAAUAUGCAGCCUCCUUAUGUUAAGCCGAAUUUUGAAAAGCAUACAAAUCAAGUUGUGAAUGGUUACAAGCAUACUGGUGCUGAAGAAAUAGGCCACCUGAGGGGUGAACCUGUUUAUGAUGAUACAGUUCAUCCUGUUUCCGUCAGAAGGAAGAAUGCAAAACCAGCACAUGUUGAUGAUUAUGAUGGAAUGGCUAAUGAGGAAAAGAUGACAAACCAAACACCCAAUAGCCGAAGAAGACAUUCAAGCAAGUUGAAUGGUGCCUAUGAUGAUCAUGACCAGAAAGGUGGUGGUGUGCGACCCCUAGAAGGCAUGGGGGUCAAUGAUGAUAUCAAUAAUGCGAGGCCUUUUCACCGAAUUCCUAGUGAACAGAGAAAACACAGAAGCAGGCAGAAUGGAUCGGCAAGUGGCAGUGAUUACAAUGGGGCCAUUGAAGACCGCGAGUCGGAGGAGGAUGAAGCAAACACUGCAAUUGAUUUUGGCAAUCUUCUGCCCCGAGCCCCUAGUUCACACCGGAAACAUAGAAGUCGGAGUGCUGAUCCCCGCACGGGAGGCUGUGAUGAUGAAGAAAGGAUGAUGGAUAAGCUCCUCAUGCAUUACAGAAAGAAAGGGCUGGAUAGGGAGGAGCGCAAAGAAAGAGUGAAAUCCCGGAUCCCCCGACCUCGAGCUGAGCAACCUGCUGAUGGUGUCAGAGAACUGUCUAACAAAGAAGGGGCGUCUAGGCAUCGUCCUGAGAGAGCUGUAUCUCUACCUACAGAGUCUGCAAGCCCAAAGGGUCCUGAAAUAGCUGUAUCUCUACCUUCAGAGUCUGCAAACCCAAAGGCAAAGCCGAAGGCCCCUGCUCGGUCCAUGUCCAUGCAGCCAGAAAUGUCUAGAGGGAAUGUGCACCCAAGAAUGCCAGAUUUUGACGAGCUGGCUGCGCGGAUCAGAGCGCUGAGGAACGCAUGAGCAGCCACAGGACUGUCUUCAGCAUUGUCUUGUUCUUUCAGGAACUUCUAUCAAAGUAGCAUCUGAUAUCUGAUGGUGCCUGCCUGCUUGGGGUCGCAGGAAUGAGAGAGGACAUCUGAGAUAGUUGCCUGCUUCCUGCAACCUUUCUUGGUGGUAUACUUGCUAGUGUUGCUCUCGGUGUCUUGGUAGAGUAUUGGCAGGAGCAGUUAAAUGGCGAUUCAUAGGAUACCAUACCAUACUACAUUGAUUUGGUUGUGGUUAUUUGUACUCAUAGAACAAUUAUUGUCGGUGUAUAGAUGCCAUUGAUGGGGCUAUAAUGAUAUAUGAUUUUCUUCUUUUUUACA